AUGGAGUUUGUCGCCCAGCUGCUGGGGUUCCUGAUCAGCGUGGUCAGCUCCAUCUUCUGUGGUCACUUGGGGAAAGCUGAGCUGGAUGCUGUGACGCUGGCUGUGUCCGUUAUCAACGUGACUGGCAUCUCCAUCGGUUCUGGUUUAGCCUCAGCAUGUGACACGCUGAUGUCCCAGACAUAUGGCGGCAAGAACCUGAAGCAGGUGGGCACCAUCCUGCAGCGCGGGAUCCUCAUCCUGCUGCUGUGCUGCUUCCCUUGCUGGGCACUCUUCAUCAACACUGAGCGGAUCCUCCUGCUCAUCCGACAGGACCCCGAGGUCUCCAGGUUAACUCAGGUCUAUGUGAUGAUCUUUAUUCCAGCGCUUCCUGCGGCGUUUCUGUACCAGCUGCAGACAAGAUAUUUACUAAGUCAGGCAAUCAUUCUGCCUCAAGUCUUGACGGGGAUUGCAGCCAACGUCCUCAACGUGGCCAUGAACGCCUUCUUCCUUUAUGCGCUGAAGCUGGGCAUGGUGGGCUCUGCCUGGGCUAACACUGUUUCUCAGUACACCCAGGCCAUUCUCCUCUUCCUUUAUGUGUGGUGGAAGAAGAUCCAUGUGGAGACCUGGGGAGGUUGGACCAGGGACUGCCUCCUGGACUGGGGCUCCUUUAUCCGGCUGGCGGUGCCUGGCAUGCUCAUGAUGUGUAUUGAAUGGUGGACCUUUGAGAUCGGGAGCUUCUUGGCAGGGCUGCUCAGUGUGGUGGAGCUGGGUGCGCAGUCGGUCAUCUAUGAGCUCUCCUCUGCCGCAUACAUGGUGCCUCUGGGCUUCAGCGUGGCUGCAAGUGUCAGAGUGGGCAAUGCCUUGGGAUCGGGGGAUGUGGUGCAAGCCAAGACCUCCUGCAUCACUGCCCUGCUGUGCACAGAAGUUUUUGCUGUGGUGGUUGCAACAUUACUGGGAACCCUGAAGGAUGUAGUGGGAUACAUCUUCACCAAUGACAGGGAGAUCGUUAUCUUGGUGUCCAAAGUGAUGAUCAUCUUUGCUCCAUUCCACUUGUUUGAUGCAGCAGCAGCGACCUGCGGCGGUGUGCUGCGGGGCACAGGGAAGCAGAAGAUGGGUGCUAUCGCCAACGCCAUCGGCUAUUACGCCAUCGGCCUGCCCAUCGGCAUCUCGCUGAUGUUUGCAGCUAAGAUGGGGGUGUUAGGUCUGUGGGUGGGGAUGAUCGUUUGCAUCUCUUUGCAAGCCCUUUCCUUCUCAGCUGUUGUCAUGCGCAUGGAUUGGAAGAAAGCUGCAGAAGAGGCGCAAGUCCGAGCUGGACUGAAAAAACAACUGGAAGAUGUGAACUCCAAUGGCACAGCUGCUAACAAAACAUCUGCCGUGGAUUACAUCUCUGUUGACACUGACACCGUGGUCCUGCCUGAGAGCAUCGUGAGCAGUGAGAGGCAACCUGACGACCAGCUCAUCACACUGGAGGAGCCAGCUGUCGUCCCUGUUCCUCCCGCUGUGGUAUGGAGGGCUCUGAUCAUCCGCCGUGUGCUGGCCACUGCCACCGCUGUUGCUGUCCUGCUGGUGGGCAUCCUCGUCCGGCUCCUGACCGGCAAUGGCUAG